UGUCUUUGUUUAGUUUAUGGCUUCCCAAUUGAACGCUUAUCAGGUAAUUGAUAAAGCCCUGUAAAAAUCGGCCAUCAAUAGAACGUAGAUUGGGCAGGUAGUGCCCCAAGAAACGCUGAGCAGUUCACUUCUACUUCUCUUAAUCGAAAACUAAAGAAAUGGCACCCCAAAUCCGCCCACUCACGCCUGACUUGCAAAAAGCAGCUAAGGAGCAGCUAAAGGAGGAUCCUGAUCGUCUGGAGGCUGAUCUGCUGGCUUUCAGGACCUGGAUCGAGCAGCAACCCCAUCUCAAUCCUCGAAUGGAUGAUCAGUUUCUAGUGGCCUUUCUGCGUGGCUGCAAGUACAGUUUGGAGCGGGCUAAGUCCAAGUUAGAUAAGUUCUACACGCUGAAGACCAAGUAUCCAGAAUACUUUAGGGUUACCAGCACAACGGAGGGAAAGUUCAGGGAGAUUCACCGAACAGGGGCGAUCAUCUAUCCACCUACUCCUUUGUUCGAAAAUGGACCUCGCAUCGGAAUCUGGCGCAUGGGACUGUGUCCGGUGGAAAAGUAUCACAUCCUAGAGUGCAUGCAAGUGGCCCAGGCAAUGCAGGAGAUUGCCAUCUUAGAGGAUGACUACGCUAAUGUUAAUGGAGUAGUUUUUAUCAUGGACAUGAAGGGAGCUACGGCUGGGCACUUGUUCCAGAUGACGCCUUCGAUGGCCAAGAAAUUUACUGUGUUUUCCGAGGAGGCUAUCCCGUUGCGUAUGAAGGCGCAGCACUUUAUCAAUACCAUCACCGGAUUCGAACAGAUAUUUAACAUGUUUAAGCCAAUGAUGUCCAAGAAGAUGCAGUCGCGUCUCUAUGUGCAUGGUAACAAAAUGGAGCUGUUAACGGAGCAGAUUCCUCUGAAAUAUUUGCCUGUGGAAUAUGGCGGUGAGAAUGGCACGGUGCCGGAAAUUGUGGCGGCUUGGGAGAAGAAGUUGGAUGAGUAUAAUGACUUCUUCAAAGAUAAUAUCAACUACGGCACUGACGAAAGCCUGCGUCCUGGAAACCCCAUCGAUUUUGAUGGUCUCUUUGGAACUGAGGGCUCCUUUAGAAAGCUCAACGUUGAUUAGUUUGAAAUUGUCCACAGAUGUUACUUUUGGAAUUUUCAUUAUUGUUGUUUCCUAUAAAAGUUUUCAAAAGAUAUUCAUCUAUUUUGAAUAACAGUUAUAUUUUAAAGAUAAAUACAAUAAAGCGUGUAUAGUGACA